AUGGCCGACAACGGUGAUGAGCAACAGCAACAACAGAAUGAACAUACAACAUCAACGAUGAGAUUUAAAAAUCGACUUAAAUCACAAGUAUUAUUACCUUCAACUGGUCUAAUUCUUCGACAACUACCUGGAGGCAAUGUAACAGUAACGCCUAUAAGAAAGAGACGAACUGCUUCCGAACAAAUCACUCGAUAUGAUCGUGUAAUGCAGUUGAAUAUGAGCCCGGCGUUAGCAACAGCUGCUGCACCAGCAUUACAUAAAGAUAAUUGGCAACAAAGACGUUAUAAUUUUUUAAGUAAAUAUAGUAUGUUUAGUGGAGAAUUAAAAGAUGAUGUUGUCGAUCAAAUUGGUGUUAAUGAACAAGAUACUGACAUUGAGCAAAAAGCUAUGGUUCCGACACAACAAAUUCUCACAUCUGACAGUAUGGAUUCUGAAGCAUUGAGUGCUAAACGUGUAUCGAUUUUGGGUAUGGCUGUUUACGGUGUUCGAAAUUUACUUGCUAUAGACGAGAUAUCACACACGAAACCGAUACGUGCAGCGGAAUCAUUACAUGAGGAACAGGACGAAGAGGAACAAACCGAUGAAGCUGGUAUUUGUUUAAAAAAGAUUACAUCAAUAAAUAAAAGUAGUCAACAAGAUUUAACACGAGCAGAACCGAUUGGAAUUAAUGAGUGUGAUCAUGUAGAUUCAUAUCUUGGUACUCAGAAGACAUGCCCAGAAAAUGAUAGUAUUCCAAGUCCAACUAUUGUUACUUCUCGAAUUAAUACUUCUAGUCAAAGACAAUUACCGAAUAAAAAUGGUCUGCUCCACGCAUUUCUUUCUCAUUUUUCUCAUUCUAAUCAUCAAUCAUUAAAACAACAAAAUAAAAAAUUAGCUGAAAUUCAUGAAUCUUAUCGUUUACAUCGUCCAUACUUUACAUAUUGGGUAACAUUUGUUCAAAUUAUUGUUUGUGUCAUUUCAUUAAUUGUUUAUGGUAAUGCUCCAUUAUCAUCUACUCAAUCUAAAAAUACUUCUAUAUUUAAACAACAAAAAUUUGAUUUAACAAUGAAUCCAUGGUUUGGUCCAUAUCCAGCCGAUUUAAUUCGAUUAGGAGCAAAAUAUACACCAUGUAUUCGUACGCAUGAUGAAGUUAAAAGUCGAUAUGAAAAACAAGCACGAUUAGAAGCUAUGUCUGGUUGUUGUAUUGAUUCAACUACUGGCUAUUGUAUGCAAACAUUAUCUCAACAAUGUUUUUCACGUGCAGGUUUGACAUGGCAUCGAACAUCAAUCAUAGGUAAAAAUCUCAAAGAUGAAAAUAAUAUUAUCUAUCCUGCUGUAUGUGGACUUACACCAGAAACAUGUACUAAACGAUUAAUUGGUAAUCGAGCACGAGAAGAUGAUAGCUCAUGGCCAUCAACAUUAGUUGAUUCAAACAUUUUUAAAUGGUCGCCAAAUGCUGUUAAAUGGCCGGUUUGUCUCGAACAAGAUCAUAGUCGCAUAGUUAAUAAUAUGUCUCUUUAUCCACAUAUGCAAUGUAAAAAUAUAGCAAGACCAUGCUGUACAGGCAUACUUGGAGAUUGUAUAUUAACAUCAAGUGAUGAUUGUCAUCGGCGACGAGGAACAUAUCAUCCACGAGCUCAUUUAUGUUCUCAAAUUGAUUGUAUCCAGAAUGUUUGUGGUAUGCUAGAAUUUUUCGUUGCACGUUUGCCCGAUCAAGUCUAUCGAUUUUGGACCGCUAUCUUUAUUCAUGCUGGUAUAAUUCAUUUAUUAAUAACUAUUAUAUUUCAAUAUACAAUCAUGCGCCCAUUAGAAAAGUUAGCUGGUUGUAUUCGUGUAAUGAUCAUUUAUAUUGUUUCUGGCUUUGUUGGAAGUCUAGCAAGUGCAUUAUUUUUACGUGAUUCAGUUCAAGUUGGACCUGGUGGUGGACAAUUUGCAAUACUUGCUUGUUAUCUCAGUGAAUUAUUUCUUGGUUGGCGUUCAUUAAAAAGACCAUGGGCAGGAUUUUUUAAAAUAAUCAUAUGUCUCUUCUUAUUAUUUACUGUUGGCUUACUACCAUUAGUUGAUAAUUACUCGCAAUGUUUUGGCUUUCUUACUGGUUUCAUGUUAAAUAUGAUCGUUUUUCCAGAUGUUAGCUAUAAAAAAAAUGUUCGCCGCCUUGUUGUUAUUACCGCAGCAUUGGCAACAACAAUUGCGUUAUUCAUUGUAUUAAUAACAUUAUUUUAUACCCUAUCAUUCGAAUGUCCAUCAUGUAAAUUAUUAAAUUGUUCAUUUGGCAGCAGUUGCCGAAAUUAUACAUACAAUUCAGUCUAG